GAAUUAUAAAUUUAUCAUUAUUAUACCGUUCCAAGUACUUGACAUAUACAAUAUCGUAUACUUUCACACUCUAUAAUUGUAAGGUCAAUGUUCUUCUAAGCAUAUCGAAGUCAACAAGUAAAUGAAUGAAAUAAAAUAACUAAAAUGAAUGAAAUAAAAAAAAUUAAAUUAACGAAUAUGAUCGAUAAUAAAUAAUCUGUUGAAUUAUUUUAAUAAUUCAAAAUAAAUAAUUUCACUAAAUUGUUAAUGAAAAUUAUAGGUCAUGCUGGAGAGAACCAAUGUCAGAUAAGACGCGAAUAAUAUACUAAGAAAUUUAUUUUUUUUUCUUGUCGAUUGUUUAUUAUUAUCAUACUGAAAAAUAUAUAAAAUGGCACUAUCUGUAAGAUCGAAAUUAUUUAGAAUAUUAAAAAAAAAUCCAUCGGCAAGUAGAAGAUGUUUCUCGUUGUCUGCGAUUUUGUAUAAAAAACCAUUCAAUUAUCAAGACCCUUUCAAUAUUGAAUCGCUGUAUACUGACGAAGAAAUAAUGAUAAGAGAUCAAAUGCGUUCUUAUUGUCAGGAAAAAUUGCAACCUCGUAUAUUAAAGGCAUUUAGAAAUGAACACUUUGAUAAAUCAAUAAUGAAAGAAUUUGGUGAACUUGGUGUACUUUGCUGUACUUUAAAAGGUUAUGGUGCUGCCGGUGCUUCUUCGGUCGCUUCCGGUCUUAUUAGCAAAGAAAUUGAAGCUGUGGACGGAGGAUACAGGACAUCACAUUCUGUGCAAAAUCUUGUAGCUGUUGCAAUAGAUUCUUGGGGUAGUCAAGAACAGAAAGAUAAAUAUUUACCGAAAUUAAUUUCUGGAGAUAUAAUUGGAUGCUUCGGACUGACUGAACCAAACCACGGAAGCGAUCCAAGAUCAAUGGAAACACGAGCGAUUUAUAAUUCAGAUAAUAAAACUUAUAAAUUAAGAGGCAACAAAACAUGGAUCUCUCAUUCUCCGAUUGCAGAUCUCUUCUUAAUUUGGGCACGUUGCGAUGACGGGGAAAUACGCGGAUUUUUAAUCGAUCGUGAGGGUAAUGAAGACCAUAUGAGUACACCUGAAAUAACGGGUAAAAUGUCAAUGAGAGCUUCUAUAACUGGAAUGAUAUUAAUGGACGAUGUUAUAAUUCCCGAGACGAAUCUUAUUCCAAGUGUUACAGGUCUCAAAGGACCGUUUAGUUGUUUAAAUCAUGCACGCUAUGGUGUUGCAUGGGGAACACUUGGAGCAGCUGAAUCCUGUUUGAAAAUAGCAACGGAAUAUGUAUUAGACAGAAAACAAUUUCAAAGGCCUUUGGCUGCUAAUCAGCUGAUACAGAAAAAACUCGCUGAUAUGAUGAUUGAUAUUGCCAUCAGUUUAGAAGUUUGCUUACGUGUUGGCAGACUCAGAGAUGAAAAAAAAGCGACGCCGGAAAUGAUUUCGAUAAUAAAGAAAAAUUCAGCAGCUAAAGCUAUUAAUAUUGCAAGAAUAACGAGAGAAAUGUUGGGAGGAAAUGGAAUUGCAGAUGAGUAUAAAGUUAUGAGACACAUGGUUAAUCUUGAAUCUUCAAUUACUUAUGAAGGUACUGACGAUGUUCAUGGUUUGAUUCUUGGACGUGCUAUCACUGGAAUUCCUGCAUUCGGUGGAUAAAUUUUCAUUACUUUUUAAUUAAAUAUAAUACAUAUAUUUUUAAUAAAAAAUUGAUACUUAUUUUGUUUUAACAAAUAAAAAUUAAUAACUACAAGUAUUAAAUUAAGUAAAUAAUUGUAAGCAAUAGAUUAUUGCUAGAAUAUAAAAAAUAAAUAAGGAAUUAAUUAAAAAAAAAUAAAAACAUACAUUUUGGACACAUGAUGAAUAAAUUUUGCUCA